CUCUGCGCUUGGGUCGUGCGCCCCGUCACCAUGGCCGGGCUCAUGGUCAGUGGAACGCAAGUGUCCUACAUAGGCCAGGACUGCAGAGAAAUUCCAGAGCACCUCGGCAGGGACUGUGGACAUUUCGCCAAGAGGCUUGAUCUGAGCUUUAACCUUCUGAGGUCACUGGAAGGACUGAGCGCCUUCGGGAGCCUGGAGGAGCUCGUCUUGGACAACAAUCUGCUGGGGAACGACCUCGUGUUGCCAGGGUUACCCAGGCUCCAUACCUUAACCCUCAACAAGAACCAGAUCACUGACUUGGAGCAUCUGCUUGAUCACCUGGCAGAAGUGACACCAGCUCUGGAAUACCUCAGCCUGCUGGGUAACGUGGCGUGUCCCAACGAACUGGUCAGCUUGGAAAAGGACGAAGAAGACUAUAAGAGAUACAGAUGCUUUGUUCUUCACAAGCUGCCCAAUUUAAAGUUCUUGGAUGCCAGGAAAGUAACCAGAGAAGAACGAGAGGAAGCUUUGGUCAGAGGGGCGUUCAUGAAGGUGGUGAAGCCCAAGGCUUCCAGUGACAGCGCUGCUGCCCCUCCAGAGUGCCACUACACACCCCUGCCUUCUGCUUCCAGGGAACUCACCAGUCACCGAGGUGUCCUGGGGAAGUGUCGCUAUGUUUACUAUGGGAAGAACUCGGAGGGCAACAGGUUUAUCCGGGAUGACCAGCUCUGAAGGCAAGUUCUGUACGCCUUAGCCCAUGUCAUGAGGAUUUACCGGUCAGCGAUGGAAAACAGCCUUUGCUUAGACGUAUUCAGCUAAGCUAAAGAAAAUUGCAUUUCUCUGCCUCCCUUGCAGCUAUGGAUGGCUAAUGAUCAAGUUCUGUCCAAUGACUUAUAGUAGACUAGAGGCCUGGUGCAUGAAAUUCAUGCACAAGGGAGAGGGGUCCCUCAGCCCCGGCCUGCACCCUCUCACAAUCCAGGACCCCUCAGGGUAUGUCCAACUGCCAGUUUAGAGGAUAAUAGUGUUGGGCAUAAGAUUUGCCCAUAACUGGCAGUCAGACAUCCCUCUCACAAUCCAGGACUGCUGGCUCCUAAUCACUCACCUGCCUGCCUGCCUGAUCACCCCUAACCACUCUGCCUGCCUGCCUGAUUGCCUCUAACUACUCGCUUGCCUACCUCAUGGCCCCUAACCCCUCUGCCUGCCUGCCUGAUUGCCCCUAACCACUCUCCUGCCUGCCCGA